ACUACAACCAUGUUUCAUAAGGUUUUUUUCAUCUUUCUGUUAGCGUUUUGCUGUAUUAUUAUUGCUGAGUCUGCAAGAACAGUGAAACAAUGCGAGAAACAGAUGCCAGCUUCUUUGAAAGGACGGUUAUGUGAAAUUCGUCAGUAUAAAAUCUUCGAUGGUUUGGAUAUGGAAAAACACAUUGAGUGUGUGAUGAACGCAUUAGGAUUUCUUGAUGAAGAAGGUUUCGGAGACUAUCACUCGUUGUAUGAGCCUCUGAACGCGAUCAAAGAGGACGCUCGACAUGGAUUUAACCUGGAGAACUGCGUAGCAUCAACGCUUGAGCUAUCGAACACGGCAAAACGGGCGCAUGGUUUCUACAAGUGCAUGCUGACAUCAACAUCCUCGGAUGGGUUUAAGAAGGUGUUUGAUUUGACUGAACUUAUAAAAGCUGGGAAGCUGCCCCAGGGUUCUAAGUACAGCAAGAAAGUAGACACAAUGAUGAAAAAUAUCGAUAAGAAAGUAUGUCAAUAAUGUCAA